UAAUCUCUGUUAUUACUUCAACCAAUACUCAGAAGUUGGAAGGCAGAGACAUAUAGAAGGCGCCGGCGCCGCAGAUGCUUCAUCGUAAGUAAUGUAUGAAAGCUUUAUUCAGCUCUGACUCUGAUAGGUUUUGCUUCACCGGUUCGAGCUUCUCAAGUAGUCAGAGGAAGUUGUUUCACGGUUUCAGAGGAGUUUGCGAGUAUGUUGCGUAGAAAUAUACGACUGAGGAGAGAGUACCUCUACAGGAAGAGCUUGGAAGGGAAAGAGCGACUGUUGUAUGAGAAGAAGCGAAAGAUAAAAGAAGCUUUAGAAGAGGGAAAGCCUAUCCCUACUGAGCUCAGAAACGAAGAGGCUGCAUUGCGCCAAGAGAUUGAUCUUGAGGAUGAACAGACUGCAGUACCAAGAACACACAUUGAUGAUGAGUACGCAAAUGCAUCACAAACUGAUCCUAAAAUUUUGAUAACCACAUCUCGUAAUCCGAGUGCCCCUCUUACGCAGUUUGUGAAGGAACUUAAGUUUGUCUUUCCCAAUGCCCAGAGAAUGAAUCGUGGUGGACAGGUCAUCUCAGAAAUUAUUGAGACUUGCCGUGCACAUGAUUUUACAGAUGUUGUGUUGGUUCAUGAGCAUCGUGGAAAGCCAGAUGGAUUAAUUAUUUGUCAUUUACCAUUUGGUCCAACAGCAUACUAUGGAUUACUCAAUGUGGUAACAAGACAUGACAUCAAAGAUAAGAAGUCCAUGGGAACAAUGUCUGAGGCUUACCCCCAUUUAAUUCUACACAACUUCUCUACAAAGCUAGGGGAAAGGACAGCAAAUAUUCUGAAAUAUCUGUUUCCAGUACCCAAGCCAGAUUCAAAACGCAUCAUCACUUUUGCCAACCAGUCUGAUUAUAUCUCAUUUAGGCAUCAUGUGUAUGAGAAGCAUGGUAAAUCUAUUGAACUCAAGGAAGUGGGUCCUCGUUUUGAAUUGCGUCUUUAUCAGAUUAAAUUAGGAACAGUUGACCAGAGUGAAGCCCAGAAUGAGUGGGUCAUCAGACCGUACAUGAACACAGCCAAGAAACAGAAGAUUCUUGGAGAUUAACCCAGUCUCAACGUUCAAUUUUAUGGUUUUGAUAGUGAUCAUCCUUCGGCUAAUGUAUUUAUGGUGAUAUUGCCUACUGAAUUUAUUUUUUAUUUUUUGGUUUAAUAUUCAACUUAUUUAGAUUUUUAUAAUUUUCUGUUGUAGUACAUAAAGUUUUGGCAGUUCCAAAUUCCAAUACCCUUAAAUUUGUGGGUCGGCAUCGCCCUAACAGUGAGUGAGCCAUAGAUGAUAGGUAUCAAAUUUGCAAGUUAUGUAUUUGAUAUUUUGAUCCUUCUUUGAUAAAUGUCAUGAGUUGGUCUCACAGUUGGGUC